UAGUUUUCACUUCCGGGCCGGAAUCGAUUCCUCUGUUGCUGUCGUCUUUCUGCUCUCUACUCCCCCCAGUUCGUGAAUGAUAUUAGCACAAAGUUUGCUUUUUAUCCACGACGACACUGCAGCAUUUGACCACCGAACAGCCGAAAUGGUGUUUAAAGUAACUGUCAACAGCGCCCGGAGGGCAACGAGGACGCUGUGGCUGCUCCUGCUAGUGAGUCUGUCUGUGAGCAUCUGUGUUUGCAGAGCAUCUUCUCCUCAGGAGGAGGACAGUGCCAUGGAGAACAUCGUUACGGAGAAAAAGGCUGAGGAGAGCCACAGGCAGGACAGCGCCGACCUGCUCAUCUUCAUCAUGCUGCUCACCCUCACCAUCCUCACCAUCUGGCUGUUCAAACACCGGCGCUUCAGGUUUCUGCACGAAACUGGACUGGCGAUGAUUUAUGGUGUACUUGUUGGCGUGGUCCUGCGAUAUGGCAUCCACGUCCCUCGGGACAUCAGCAACGUGACGAUGAGCUGCCACGUUAACGCCAGCCCCGCCACUCUGCUGGUCAACGUCAGUGGCAAGUUCUACGAGUACACUCUGAAAGGAGAGAUCAGUGCCAACGAAGUGGACGACGUGCAAGAUAAUGAGAUGCUGCGAAAGGUGACCUUUGACCCUGAAGUGUUCUUCAAUAUUCUCCUGCCACCAAUCAUCUUCCACGCCGGCUACAGCUUGAAAAGGAGACAUUUUUUCCGAAACAUGGGAUCCAUCCUGGCCUACGCCUUCCUGGGGACAGUUGUUUCCUGUUUUAUUAUUGGGUUGCUGAUGUAUGGCUGUGUGGUGCUGAUGAAGCAGGUGGGGCAGCUCGGUGGAGACUUCUUCUUCACUGACUGUCUGUUCUUUGGAGCCAUCGUCUCAGCCACAGACCCUGUGACGGUCCUGGCUAUCUUCAACGAGCUGCAGGUCGACGUGGAUCUGUACGCGUUGCUGUUUGGAGAGAGUGUGCUCAACGACGCGGUGGCCGUGGUCCUGUCCUCGUCUAUAGUGGCGUACCAGCCUCAGGGGGACAACAGUCACACCUUCGAGGCCAUGGCGCUGCUCAAGUCUUUCGGGAUGUUCCUCGGAGUUUUCAGCGGCUCCUUUUCUCUGGGAGUGGCCACUGGCGUCGUCACUGCUCUCGUGACCAAGUUCACUAAACUGAGGGAUUUCUCGCUGCUGGAGACGGCUCUGUUCUUCCUCAUGUCAUGGAGCACGUUCCUGCUGGCUGAGGCCUGUGGCUUCACAGGUGUGGUCGCAGUGCUUUUCUGUGGGAUCACUCAGGCUCACUACACCUUCAACAACCUGUCUCCUGACUCCCAGGACAGGACCAAACAGCUGUUCGAGCUGCUAAAUUUCCUGGCAGAGAACUUCAUUUUCUCCUACAUGGGUCUGACGCUGUUCACCUUCCAGAACCACGUCUUUAAUCCCAUGUUCAUCGUUGGAGCUUUUGUGUCCGUGUUCCUGGGGAGAGCAGCCAACAUCUAUCCUCUAUCGCUGCUUCUUAAUCUGGGACGACGCAACAAGAUCAGAUCCAACUUCCAGCACAUGAUGAUGUUUGCGGGACUGCGAGGCGCGAUGACCUUCGCCCUCUCCAUCAGGGACACGGCGACAUACGCCCGUCAGAUGAUGUUUUCCACCAAUCUGCUCGUGGUCUUCUUCACGGUUUGGGUUUGUGGAGGUGGCACCACCCAGAUGCUCUCCUGCCAGCGCAUACGAGUGGGAGUGGACUCUGAUCAAGAUAACUCUAUGAGCAUCACUGAAGGUUCAGAGAGAAGGAGCACCAAACAGGAAAGUGCCUGGCUUUUCAGAAUUUGGUACAACUUUGACCACAACUACCUGAAGCCCAUCCUGACUCACAGCGGCCCCCCUCUCACAGCCACGUUGCCUCCUUGCUGCGGCCCCCUCGCCCGCUUCCUCACCAGCCCUCAGGCCUAUGAGAACGAGUGCCAGCUGAAGGACGACGACUCCGACCUCAUCCUGACAGACGGCGAUAUAAACCUGACCUACGGCGACAUCACAGUCAGCACGGACGCCUCAGGCUCCCACACGAGCGGCGGCCCGGCCUUUGCUGGCGGCGCCACCUCCGAUGACUUGGACAGGGAGUUAACGUACGGAGAUCACGAGCUGGUGAUGAGGGGCACGCGCCUGGUGCUGCCCAUGGACGACUCUGAGCCGCCCUUUACAGACCCCCACCACCGCUUGCGGAUGUGAAGGAAGCAUUUUGCCGCAGACCCAGACACGCCGUCCAACUCUCUCCGACCCGAGCCGUCAAGCAAAAGACCAGUACCUGACACUCCUCCUUCAACUCCUCCUACUCUUUUUUGCUCUUGCCUCAUUCCUCUUUUUUUCACACACAUUUCCUCAAUGUUACAUUUUUCCUCUUCCUAGCGGCAAAUCACUGUCUCUACCUCAUUCUUGCUCUGCUCGUUCCCACACCUCUCUGGCAUCUGCCAUUACUGUAAUAUAGUCUUUAUUUAUUUGCAGGGUUUUUUUUCUGGUAUUCAAUUGAAAGUCUUUAGCUUCAAGCUGUGUGUCAGUCACCUUACUGUAGCAUUGCUCAGAGGUCUAGCAGCAUGUGUUAGUGUGUAAAUGCAAGUACCAACCACUAGCUAAUUUGUCGAUGUACAGUAUAUCACAAGAGUACUAUAACUUUGAUAUGCAUGCUGAGGAUGCUUGGUGUUUUCUUCGUAUGGGAGUUUGAGGGUUUUCGUGUUUUGGGUCUGACUUUGAAUGUUGCUGCCUUCUCUCUGCCGCAUCAGAGGCAUGCUGACCCAGUGGACAACUUUACUGUACAUUUUGUUACAAUCAAGUGCCUGGGAAUUGUAGUCUUAAGCCUGGCAGCCCAUACUGGAUCAACUCUUGGAAGCAGAGCCAGUUCAGGAUGGGCCGUCCUGCAGUUGUAGUUUUCCUUUUUAAAAAAGAAAAAAUACAUCCAAAAAAAACUAAACAGACACCUCUGUCCAUAAGGUAGCAAUAUACUCAGUGGGCUGUCAGUUUGUGCUACUCGCCUGUAAAUAGUGUGAAACAAUGUGAUGCCACUGAUGCAGCGUCACCUGGCAGUGAAAGUCGUGGAUCUCUCCCAAUGACCUUUGACUGUGACAUAGAGACGGACUUUACACCUUAUUUUAGAAGCUGAUGUCGCUCACAGCAGAAUGAAGGGCUGUUGUUCCGAAAACAAGAUCCAAAUUAGUUUUAACGGAGAAAGUUUAGUGCCAUUUCUGUCCUGCAUUUGGACAUUUUGUGAAAAAACUGAAUGCAGACGACCUUAAAGUGUUUUGUAUUAUUUUUGCAAAAAGAGCUGAAGAACUUAGAGCUGAGUCACAUUUGUCAUAUACAUUUAGCUUUGUGCGUACAUUUUCUAUUACAAUCGUGCGUUACUGCUGUAAAUUUGGAUGAAAUUUUCUCUUUAAAUGAACCUGAAAAUGACUUAUGGAUGAAUUUGACACUUAAUGAACUUCUCUGUAGGCACAUAAGUGAUUUUGUGAGUAGGAUUUUGGCCAAUCAGAGAAAUGAAUCUUUCUGUAUGAUUUUUUGGUAGGCUGUUACCUAUAAUAAUUAUUUUUAUUAUGAAUCAAUCUGACAGAUAUUUUUAUUGUAAUUAAUUCAUCUCUUGGUCUAUAAAAUGUAAAAUGCCAAUCACAAUUUCCCAGAGCUUGGGACAUAUUUAAAUGUUGUUUUUUUCUGAUCAACACUUGAAAACCCAAAGAUAGUCACUUAAUAAUCAAGAAAAAGUAAAGAAAGUAUUAAUAUUUGAGAAGCUGGAAGCGGUGAUUGUGAGACAUUUUUGGAUAAAAAUCAAAGAAACUUAAAUGUUUAAAUGAUAAAACGUCAUCUGACGUAACGAUUAAUCAACUGAUUGUCACAGCGCAAAAUUUUAUACAUUCAUGUCCAAUUAAAAAUAAUAAAUAAUUAUAAUAAUAAUAAUAAUAUUACAUUUUAUUUAAACAAGCUUUUCAAUUCACCCAGGCAUACUUUACAAAAACACACUUAAAAAAAAAAGUCCAAAAUAAAAGAAGGUAAAGUGGAAAGAAAAAUUAUAAUAAGAAAGAAAAUAAUAAUAAUUAAAUACAAGCAUACACAUGAAUGAAUAAUAAGGCAUUAAGAAGCAAGACAUCUGAGGAAUAUUCUAUGAUUAUUUGAUUGUGAUUAUUUUUAUAAUUAUUAUCCCUUCAACCCUGAAAAUUAUAGAAAUUGAACUUUGCACUUUGGCAGCUCAUUUUUAUGAGAACAGCCAGAAGAAAACAACAGUAGUUGUUGAUUUGCUGGAUGUCUUUGUCUGCUGUGCACAACAGUGUCCCUGAGGGUUUAAGAUUUAAUGGUUAUAUUUGAGCAUUAACUCAGUAUAUAAAACAUUUUGGUGCAUUAAAAUACUAUUAAAAAGGUACUUAUUGAUGGAUGUGUUACAUGUAACAUGUAGUCUAAUGUCAGUGUUGGUGCAAAAAGAGGACAAAAGAGUUUCGGGAGCUCCUUACAGCAGCUGUUGAUGCUGCUGUUGGUUUAACAGGAAGCGUUGAUAGGGCGUCGCUGUGGAAACACUUUGUUGACGUUGACGGGAGCCAGAAAACACUCCGGACAUGGUGACUUAGUUGAACACAACGGUUUUUGUGGUUCAAGAAAAAAAAUUGGGUGUACGAUAAAUGGAUGCAAGAGGAUGAUGAUUACAGGGUUGCAGAAAAGACUGAAAGAAAUAGAUGAAAAAAGAGAUCAUUAGGCCUGUUUGUAUGUGUGUUGGUGUGUCGGGGACGAUACAGAGGUCGAAAGAAGGGCGGGCAUUUGGAUAUCUCUUUUCCUUCCAUGGUUAUCUUCUGCUGUGCAGGAACUUGUUGGUAAAGGGUUUUUUUUUAAUCAGGCAAGCCUCUUGACUCCACAUCGUCCAGGAAAUGAUUUAUUCUUUCUAUCGUUUUAUACUUUUUGUUUGCUGUUUUAUUUUGUGGAGGGGAGGGGGAGAGAAUUUGCACUCAUCCAUUAGGAAUGUUUUAUUUUUUUUGCUGUAAUAUUUUAUCGAACAGCUGCUUUUAUAUGAUUUACCUUUUUGUUUGGAAAGUUGUUGGAAAAAAAAUGAUCAGAUCCACAUCAUGGAUCUUGGAUGAAUGUUCAGUAGAAGUUCAUUAAUGUUUCUUUGUAAAGAUUUAAUUCUACAUCGCAGUGGCGGCCGAGAUGGUUAAAAAUCCUUUCAUACUGCUGUUCCAUCUCACCACCUCACCAUUCAGGACCUUUGUGUGUGUGUGUGUGUGUGUGUAUGUGUGUAUGUUCGAAAUGCUAUUGCCAUGACCUCUACAGAGCAUGAAUCAUUCAUCUUGAGCUGA